AUGAGCAUUACAUCAGUACAAAUACUUGGGCAACUUGUGGUAAUGAGUUCCGACAAUGGUAUAAGGAUUAUUAAAUACACCAACCAAUACUCAUACCCAAUUGCACACAUCUUUUUCUCGAUCAAUCAUGUUUCACAAGCACUUCUGUUUAAUGGACACCUUCUCUAUAUUACCAAUUUCACUGACCAAUACAGCUCACCAUUCAGACUCUGUUAUUUUGACCCAAUUCUCGACUUUGAAAAAGAAAUUGAAAUCAAACACGAGCUUAGACAAUCUGUUGUAAAGUUAUACAAAGUCCCCGAUGUCAAAUUGUACCAAAUCCCAAUUAAUUCGAAAAUAAUUUCGAUAUCAUGUUGUGCUAAAUUAAAUAUGAUUAUGUUAUUGAGUGAGGCAGGGAUUCAUUUUUUCGACGAAGAUAUGGACUGUAUAAGGUAUGUCAGUAUAAAUGCAUUGUACAUGUGCUCUCUCGACGGGGCUAAAAUUGCUUUGGUCCAAAAUACAAACGAAGGAAAGGUUGUAUUCUUUGGCGAUUUAAACAACUUUAAGAGCCUCGAAGACUCAAAACCAGCGACACGGAAAGUCAUUUUGUUUAUGUACGCGCCAUUCAUGGGAAAUAAAGAAAAGCAUCACACAACAAAUUACUCCAUCGUGAUGUAUAGGAAUCAGACUCAAGUACUAUACGUUCUAGCCGGAGAUGAAAUUAUAACAAAAUUCAGUGUGAAUAUCGGAAAUCUUAAUGACAUUUUGUUUGCAAAAUGCAGUGAAGGAAGAGAUAAUACCAUUACUAUGUUUAUUGGUAUGUCGAAUUCCUUAACAAGAAUUUUGAUGAAACAAAAUAGAAAAUGUGAUGUGAAGCAGUUCCCAUUUAAUCGUGUUAAUUCAAAGUACGACUGUGAGUUUGUGAGUAUCCCGGAACAGAAUAAAGAUUACUUUGUCGUAUUUGGAGGGAGAACACAGAAAAUAUAUUCCUACGCAAAGGAUUCAGCAGAAAUGAAACUCGAGUUUGAAACACAAAUUGGACGACUUGAAUGA